GGUACAGGGCUGCACAUCCACUGAUGCAGCUCAGCUAGUCACAUCGUAGAAACCAUGGUUGUAUUAACUACCCUGAGAUCAGCCUGCAUCAAUGAGAACAAUGGCAAAGAUCAGAUACAAUUGGACUGGAACGUGGAAGAGGAUGAGCUGGGCAACAAGAUGCCGGCCGCUGCUGGGGACGGGCUCAGCGAAUCUCCCCCCAGGUUCCUGCUGGGGGAGAAGCCCCCGGUGCAACUGGAGGACACCUUCCUGCCGGCCUCUGUGAGCAACGUGUCCCGGGAGAGCCUUCGCAACUUCCAGCACACCAAGAGAGUGGGCAACUACCUGAUCGGGAAGAAGCUGGGAGAGGGCUCCUUCGCCAAAGUCCGGGAGGGUCUCCAUGUGGUGACCGGAGAGAGGGUGGCUGUGAAAGUGAUCGAUAAGAAGAAAGCCAAGAAGGACACUUACGUCACCAAGAACCUGCGUCGGGAGGGUCAGAUCCAGCAGAUGAUCCGACACCCCAACAUCGCACAGCUGCUUGACAUCUUAGAAACCGAAAAUAGCUAUUAUCUGGUCAUGGAGCUCUGUACCGGGGGCAACCUAAUGCAUAAAAUCUAUGAGAAGAAGAGACUGGAGGAGCACAAGGCCCGAAAAUAUAUCCGGCAACUGAUUCAGGCCGUGGAGCAUCUACAUCGGGCAGGCGUUGUACACAGAGAUUUGAAGAUUGAAAAUCUGUUACUGGAUGAGAACAACAACAUCAAACUCAUUGAUUUCGGGCUCAGCAACUGCGCCGGUAUCUUGGGUUAUACCGACCCAUUCAGCACACAGUGUGGGAGUCCGGCGUACGCGGCACCUGAACUGCUGGCGAGGAAGAAAUACGGGCCCAAAGUGGACGUGUGGUCCAUUGGCGUUAACAUGUAUGCCAUGCUGACUGGCACGCUGCCCUUCACCGUGGAGCCGUUUAGCCUGAGAGCCUUGUAUCAGAAGAUGGUAGACAAAACCAUGAAUCCGUUACCCACCCACCUCUCUCCUGCUGCUGCUAAUUUCCUGCGUUCUCUGCUGGAACCGGAUCCACUCAAAAGGCCGACCAUCCAGCAGGCGCUGGCGAAUCGAUGGCUUAACGACAGCUAUCACGGAAAAGGGCCUCACACAUUCACUUAUCCAAAUAGGAUCCACCUUGAAGAUCUGAGUCAGAGUGUGGUCCGCCACAUGUCCGAGAAGCUUGGCUACAAGCACAGUGACGUCAUCAAUGUCAUCCUCUCAAACCGCGCCUGCCAUACCCUCGCUGUCUACUUCUUGCUGAACCGGAAACUGGAGCGCUACCUGAUCACCAUGAGGAAACCCGACAUUAAUGACAACGUUUGCCACAAGAACCAGAUGCACCAAUCCGAGAAAUACAAGUCCAAUAAGAACUACUACGAGGACCGAAAACCUAAGGAUACAGAAAAACGCAGCGAACAGCGCUCUGGCGAGAAGAAGGUGGAAAAAUGCUCUCCCUCCCACCGCCAGCUGCCCUGUCUCAUUACACAAGGUCAGAAUGGCAAGCCUCAUGUUAAGGAACGGAAGUCGUCCAAGUCCGAGCGAGACUCUGUUGGUGGGUUAAGCCCUUUCCAUGAAGUCCGACUCAACAAGACUGCGUGCAUCACCUCCUGCUCUCUGGAAUACCUGGAAAUGCAAAGCCCAGAUCCAAGAACUCCGAAGAUAAUGAGACGUCAAGACUCCCACUCGCAGGAGACGGUGAACAUGAACAUGGGAGGUCAGAUGAGGUCGCCUCACCUGAAUGUCGUCCGCUCUUUCGAGUCUGUGAACCGAGAAGACCAAAUAGAAUCUCUGUCUCCGUCUCACCAGUACCGAGUCAUAGAUUCGCCGGUGUCCUUCUCUCCCCGUCACUCAAGCGAGAGAACUCUAUCCCCAAUCUUUCAGUUUGACAACACAACCCCCGUGAAGGCUCACUCCACACUCUCCUCUUUCACGUAUGAGGACAAGAGCAGCCCAUCCAGCUCCGAGUCCAUGUCCCCAACUUCUCCCCACUCCCCGUCCGGUAACAAUAAUGUUUCUGGGAACUUAGGGAGCCCAAACUGUGUCAGAAGCCGAGGUCGGUUUCCCAUGAUGGGUAUUGGACAAAUGUUGAGAAAGAGGAGCCAGGUCACCUCUCCCAAACCAGAGAACUCCCUGGAGUCUCGAAUGCCCGCAUUGCACCAAAUGAGCCCCGGGUACGCCAGUUUUAACUCAUCUGACAACGUGUUCUGCUGAUUGGACCUCUUACAGGGACUGCGCUAUAGUUCUGUGGGCUAACCCAGCAGAAAAUGACGAUAUACUUGUAAAUGUACAUUUUGUAAUAUUUCUCAUUGUAAUAAGAUCAUUUGUAUGGGUUUUUGAUUGAGACCUUGGGACUGUCCUUUCCAGUGAUGCCAGUGACACUGCUGGUACGAUAUGUGUUGUAUUUGUUCAUGGCAAACUUUCCACGGACGUUACUUAUAUGUUUAUAUGCAUUUCCCCGGACUUCUGGCAUGCAAAAAAGCGCUGCUAUAUUGUACAAUACACUAUCUACCAAGGACCACGCCUGACUUCUUAGCUGUCUCCUGAAAUGGCCACGGUGGACUAUGGUCAUUUGGAAAAACCUAAAGAACUGGAAAAACUUAAGUGCAGCAAACAUCUUCUGUAACGUGUAUUGCAAACAUCAUUGUUCUUUCAUUCCAUCGUCCUCUUCGCCAGAUCGUUGUUCCGUCACUUUUGUCUUUGCAGUCUUCUUUCUAACACAAAUAUUUUGUAGCUCUUUAAUGACAGGACUGGUAAAAGAUUGUUUGGAGUUUAGGUUGGUUUGUAUUGUUGUUGAACUUACUGGUGUCUGAGGAUUGUGUGAUACAAAUGAGGAAAGGCUUUGAUUUUACGAAAGGUUCUAAUUUAAAUUGAUAAAGGUUACGCCAGUUUUUGUGAGUGAAAGGAUCUGAGAAAAUACAAAGUGUUACUUUACCCUGCAGCACUCCAAUAUGGCGUUGCAAUUUUCUAUCCUGCUACAUUGGCCUUGCAAAUCUGAAUUCGACAGUACAGGCCUAAGCCUGAUGCAAAGUGGGCUCAUCCCUUCUAGUGGUGGCAGCCAUUUUGUACCAGUAUACAAGUCAUUAUUGACAUCACUGUGCUGUGGUGGAGGUGAUCAAACUGUAAUAAGAGUAAAGAAUUUGGGAGAGAGGUAUCUCAAAGGAGACAUAAAGGUACCAAGCAGUUGGUAUUCUAACGGACACUGUACAGGUUGUGUUUGAAAAAUGAACGUUAAAAGUCGAUUGGUUGGUACUUUAUCUCUCUCUCUCUCUCUCUCUCUCUCUCUCUCUCUCUCUCUCUCUCUCUCUCUCUCUCUCCAAUCUUUAUUUGGUUACACACCUAGUUGCUAAAGUGGUUUUGUCAUCACUUUACAGUGAAGGUGGCCAUUUUGUGGGCUGAUGCUGCAUUUCACCUACAGGUUCAUUGGAAACAUUGACGGGUCAUUGUGAGGCACAAAGUAAAGCCAGUUGCAGAAUUAGUUUUAUAACUAACCAUUUUAUUCCUAGUAAUAGGCGGUUUAUAUGCUGAGAACACACAAUGGCGAGAGGCCAAAACUUAGAAGUGUCUGUGGAACACAAAUUCCUCUGAGGCUUGAGCGGAGUUAGUAUAUAUAAGAAUUACAGCCUAUCCCCCUGGAAUUUUGUUUUGCAAAACAAAAAUGUGAAUCUAGACAAACACAUCCAGCUUUCUUAGACUCAUCCGCCGAGAGAUGCUGUGACAAAUGAUGACAGAAAGCAGGCUUUGCAGUAGUAUUCCAUUACGGUUAGUUAUCCGUAUACUAUUGCACGAGCCACCGACCAUGAAUACAGAAGUAUGUCUGUUUAUCGGGAGGCCAUGCAUUGUCGCUGACUUUUAACAAGAUGAAAUUCCGGUGAGCCAGGUACAUCGCAGCGUUACCGGUCUUGCUGGGAGGUGAAGCCUUGCUGUAAUCGCCAGGGGACGUUAGGCACUAUUUUACCGUGAUCCUUACAAUGUGAACAAAGAUAAUUACUGUCUCUGCUGCAUUACUAAACAUUUGUCUUAGAUGUUGUACAAUGUAAGGCAAGAAUCUUUCCGUAAUUCUCUGGAAUUGCUGCUACAGGUCCGACGCACUUAAUGACCACUUUGGUUGGGCAUGCAAUGAGUGACGGCUUCAAUACAAGAUAAGCCACAGUCUUUGGGGUUAUUCCAAGUUGAUCGCAGCAGGAAAUUUUUUAGCAGUUGGGCAAAACCAUGUGCACUGCAGGAGGGGCAGAUAUAACAUGUGCAGAGAGAGUUAGAUUUGGGUGGGUUAUUUUAUUUCUGUGCAGGGUAAAUACUGGCUGCUUUAUUUUUACAGUGCAAAUUAGAUUGCAGAUUGAACACACCACACCCAAAUCUAACUCUCUCUGCACAUGUUAUAUCUGCCUCCCCUGCAGUGCACAUGGUUUUGCCCAAUUGCUAACAGAAUUCCUGCUGCGAUCAACUUGGAAUUACCCCCUUUGUUAGGCAGGUUUAUACAGCCCAGCACUACCUAUGGAUCAAAACCCAAUAGGAAAAGUGCAUCAUUUACUGCAGUUGUCGCGCUGUACUGGAUCAGUUACUACUAAUUUGUUAUAAACCUUCAGUAAAAUGUAUGGCCAUAAGCCAGCAUGACCUUAGAUGCCCUCGGUGGUGAAAUGAUUCUACAGGAUGGCAGAAAAUGCAAUUGGUUCUCACUGUGACACAAAUCAUUUUAAAUACCAUCAGAAAGAGCAGCACAAAGCGGAUAUUCUAAAUAUUCAUCAUUUCUCUUCUACAUCCAGUCUAAAGUUCAGUACUUAUAGGGGCAUAAGUAGCAAACCUUGGAGAGAGAUAAAGUACCAACCAAUCAGCUCCUUACUGUCAUGGUACAAGCUGUGAUUGAAAAAUGACAGGCGCUGACUGGUUGGCCCUUUGGGGCACAUCGUUCACAGCUUGGAGAGAGAUUAGCUAGGGUAUUCAAUCAUCCGCAAAUUCGUGGCAAUUUUUCGCCCGAAAAAUUUUUGCAAAAAUUGCUGCGAAAACGCACCGUUUUUCGACCUAUUUAAUUCCAAACGGGUUUCACGUGAAAAUUCUUGCAGUGAAAAGUGCAGGUGAAAAUGGGGAAAUCAGCCUGUACCCCAAAAAAUGCUAAACUAACAUAGGAAAACAUAAGAGAAGUGUGUUAGAGAAUCACAUUAGAGCGUUUUUGGGGACUUAAAUUGUGUGAAAUGGCUGUUAUAUGCAUUUUUUUAAAAAUGCAAAAAAAUGAUAGAAAGCAAGUUUUUUUGAGCAAAAUAAAUGCUCUCAUUAAAUUUGGGGUACAUGAAAAUGGGUAUAAGUAUAUAUUUGGGUCAUCUUAGGGUAGUAAAAUAAAAAAAGUGGAAACAGACCGAUUACUCCCAUCUGCAAGCCUAAAAACACCUGUCUCACUCAUAAAGCACCCCAAUAUACCUGUCCCAUACUUGAACCCCAAUUUCCAUCACUUUGUACUUUCACCCCAAAAAUGACAUGUCAUUAUUGGCCAAUUAAAAAUAAUUAAAAACUUCAACGUGCCUAAUUAGUCAUUAAGGGGGGGUGUCCCAGGAGUUCUGUACCAUAUCCAAGCAUUUUUACCUUAAAAUAGUGACUUUUCCCAACUUUUCACCUGCUUCAGAGUAGGUGAAGUGAAAUUAGUGAAAAAAUUAUCACCGAUAAAUUUUCCAUGCAAAUUGAAUAGGCUGUAAUUGCGUUUCGCGGGAUAAGUCAGUUUUUUCGCGCGAAAAGUCCGUUAUCGCUGCUAAUUGAAUAUACCCCAAAGUACCAACCAAUCUCUCAUUUUGCAAACACUGCCUGUAAACUCAGAAUCUAAUUGGUACUUUAUCUCUCUCUGCAAGCUUUGAUACAUAUGCUUCUCUCUCUCUCUCUCUCUCUCUCUCUCCAAACUGGGAUAAAUCUCCACUAUAGUCAGUGUUUCUCAACGAUAGUUGAAAGCAACCAGAAUGUCCUACCAGACCCUCCGGCAUGGCAUGCUGGGACUUGUAGUUCUGUAACAACUGCUCUAGAAGAUAAUGAGAACGGUUUCUAAUACCAAAUUCAAAUGUAUAGAAGAAAAGAAGCGAUUUAAGACGGCACAUUUCCCGAACAUAUGGUUUGUUCUCACAAUAAAUACAGGUUUCUGUGCAGUUGCUUUUGCAGCUAUCACAGCUCCCUGCGUUUUGAAAGGGGCUUGUGGGAAUCAGCUGGAAUUUGUGCUCCUAAUAACAGUCUGUGUCAGGAUUUUUAUUCUGAGUGUGUGUUUGUAGAGGACAGAGAAGCGCGACGCUGGCUCGGCCAGAUCAGAUGUGUCAGCUGUGUAUACUCUGAUGAAUCCUCGCUCCCAGUUUGAACUAAAGAAUGUUUUUAAAGAUGUUAGCAAUUUGGGCAGAAAUAUGUGAACAUAUUACAUGAAUAUGUAAUUAGCGCUUAUUGUUGGGAGUUGCUGAAGAUGUAGCAGAAUGAACAUGUUCCUUUUCGAUCUCCUCACCAUAUGUACCAUGAGCCAUGAAAUGUGGUUUGUUUCCUUGUAAUACGGAAGACAUUCCGCCAUUGUACCUUCUAUUUAAUUCACAUUUAUUUUCUAUUGUAAUUGAACUGUUUUCAUAAAAUCACAAUUUGCUUAAGAA